AUGGCAUCGGUGAAGAAAAGAUCGCCUUUAUGGGAAUACUUUGACAUAAGCAGUGAAAAUAAAAAGUUAGCUCUUUGUUUAUUAUGCAAUGUUAAUAUUUCUCGUGGCGGCGAAGGGAAAAAAGCAGGUACUUCUGCUAUGAAAAAUCAUUUAAAAUCAAAACAUCCAGAUGAAUUUAGUGCUUUAAAUAAAGACAAGAACGCUGUUGAGCCUACUACAGUUUCUAUAGCCAUUGCGGGCACAAGUUCAUCUUCAGUAGCAAAAACAGCAAUUGACUAUGACAGAAUCUUACGAAAGGAAAUUCCUCUGGAAUAUAAAUGA